AUGCCCCCGAUCUCCUUUGGAGAGAACGCACCUGUGCCACGAUGGCGAUUUGCUUCUGAUACGACCAAGCCCGCCCAAGGCAAGGAUCUAGAAAAAGACCUUAUUCGAACUGUUGCAGGCAAAUCAAUUCUUGAGGGAGUGGCUUCAGGGAGUCAUCCAAGAUCUUUCGACUCCUCAAUUGGACUUGGUGGUUUGAAGUGGGUGUUUGACGUGGGGCUUCUAGCUGAUCCUCCCAAUCUGCUACAUGGGGAAAGGCUGUAUGAAGUGGCAUACAUUUGCCUCACGGAUGCAUUACAGAAUCCAAUCUCCCGAAUGCAAAUGAAGAGAGAGAUUGCCAACGGCCCUCUUUGGCCAAAAGUCUGCAACGUCGAGGAUCCAUUGCCGCCCCCUCCAAAGCGGCCAAAUACAAAUUUCUACACGGAGUUUCGAAAGGAUUACAGAGAUCCGAAGGCCCGGUGCGAGGAUGAUGAUUACAAACGUCCAGGUCCUAUUCCUCGAGCAAAGGGAUCGACUCCAGCUGGAGGAAAAGCGCCCACCUAUGCGGAUAGGUUAUUGUAUCACGAUAAAGGAGCGGAUGGUCCUUUACAUCAAGCAGACCCGCGAAAGAUUUUCGGAAUCGAAUCUGAUAGCUCUGAAGAUGAAGGCCGGAAAGAGGGCAAAAUUGCGAAGAUCGGUGAGUACAAGUGUGUUUGGCUUUGUGUAAUUCUACUCGUCCUCAGCAUGUUCCUCUGUCUUUUCUUGUAUUCAUUUGGAAUUAUCAAAGUGAUGUGA